UUAUAGCCGAUGACUGUUAGCUGAUAGUGUAUAGUUAAUAGUUGAUGAUUGAGAGUUUACAAUUGAUGAUUGAUAGUUUAUAGCAGAUGAAUGACUGAUAACUUAUAGCUGAUAGCAAUAGCAAUAGCUGAUGAAUGUCCGAUAACUUAUAGCUGAUAACAAUGACAAUAUCCUAUGUUGAUAUGUCAGAAUGAUGAAAUGGUUACUGGAUGGCCACUUGGACUUAGCUUCAUGAAUAUGAGACUUAGAGUUGUGGAGUCACUUCCACCAGCAGCAGCUUCUUCUUCAGUGGAACCACCAUAUCAAUCCCACAUACCAUCCACAAGCUUCUCUUCAUUUUCAACCUCUAAUCUCGAUACCGAGUCCACAGCAUCAUUCUUCCAAGACAAGAGUGUCUCACUUGCACAGCUGCUUGGAUUUAGAACAGAUGAUAGAGGAAGGUUGUAUUUUCCCAAGUCAUUGAGGUUUGAAGAAAGGAACAUGAUACUAGAAAAUGGUUCUUGUUCUAAUGGCACCAAAGUACAAGAAAAGGAUGUUGCUAAGGUCAUUUGUAUACCUGUGCUACUUGAUGCAUUGCUGAAGAUUAUAAAGAGUAAGAAGAGUUCAAGAAACUAGGAGAUGAUUGGUUAACACGUUUGAGAAUGCAGAUUCAUAAUUCUGUGAAGAUUUCAAGUCAUUUCAGAUGGUUUUUGGUAAUUGUCAUCUAUUGUAUAACUUUCCCAAUUUCUUUGUAACUUGGAAUUAGUUCUUAAACAUGUGAAUAUAAUAUU